AUGCGUUUCUCAGCUCAACUUGCAUUCCUCUGCCUUGCACUCUUCGUCUCUGAAGUCGUAUUGACUCCAGCUGAUACCCCUGGUGGCACACUUGGGGCGGGUCCAACCUCUACUGGUCUAGAUGCAAAGAAUGGUCCUGGGGCUUCCACUACCGCGAAAGACCCCCUGACCGGAUCUAAAACUGCCGGUUCACCAGCUGAUUCCGCUACAAAAGAUUCUGUUGUGAAAUCUGACGGAUCUAAACUCGACAGUUCAAAAACUGAAGGUGGUCUUGGUGCCACUGGAACUAAAUCCGAUGGUAGUGCUUGUACCUGUGGAACUCCUGAGCCUCCCAAGACUCCUGAGCCUCCUAAACAACCCGAUAUCAAAUCUCCAGAUGGUGCUUACCCAUCUAGCGCCAGUGGUGUAUUCUCUCUUCUUAGCGGACAAGCUCAACUGUCUUACUUGGCCAUGAGUGUUGGAGCAGCUUUUAUGGUUCUCUAUGCUUGA